UAAAGUUACGCGAGGGUGAGUUGCACGAGUUCGCCAUUUUCCGCUCUGUCAUUCCGAGACGGCGGAUGGCUGAGCCUGCGCGGGCACCGGAGACCCAGGAGAGUCACCGGGCGCUCCGAGACCGACCGGCCAUGGGCUUGGUAUUGUUUGAGGACGUAGCCGUGCACUUCACCCGGCAGGAGUGGCAGGAGCUGGAUGCGGCCCAGAGGACCCUCUACAGGGAUGUGAUGCUGGAGAACUACAGCAAUCUGCUGUUCCUGCAGCCCCGCAUGGUCAAGCCUAAGCUGAUCUUCAACUUGGAACGCGGCCAUGGGCCAUGGAGCCUAGCGGAAGCUUCAGUGCCGAGCUUCGCGGGUGUUCAUAAAGUGAGUGCCCUGAUUGACACCAGCAAGGAAAAUCCUAAGAUACAUCUGGGGCCACUUGAAAUAACUAACCAAAAGAUACCAAAUGAAGACAUGAUUGAAGUGAAACUGAAAACUCCACAGAAAGUCUACAAAGGGACAAGAGCAUGUCAGGGGAGAGCUCCUGCCAAAACUUUUCACCAGAAGUUAAGGGAAAACAAGAACCAGAGACUGUACAGAGAAGAGAACCUCUAUGAAUGUAAGGAAUGUGGGAGAACUUUCUCUAAUAACUCCACCCUCAUCAAGCAUCGCAGAAGAACUCAUAAUGUACAGAACCGCUUUGAAUGUACUGAAUGUGGUAAGAUGUACCACUGGAAGUCAGACCUCACUGAUCAUCAGAAAACGCAUAGUCAGGAGAGGAUCUAUGAAUGUAAAGAAUGUGAGAAAGCUUUCUUCCGUAGGUCUCAUCUCAAUGCACAUGAAAUAAUUCAUACAGGUGAGAAGCCUUAUAAAUGUACAGAAUGCAAGAAAGCUUUCAAUUACAAGUCAGACCUUACUCGACAUAAAAAAACUCAUUUGGGUGAAAAGCCUUUUAAAUGUGAAGAGUGCAUGAAAGGUUUUUCCCGAAAGUCAAAGCUCGCUAUACAUCAGAGAACUCACUCUGGUGAGAAGCCUUAUGAAUGUACAGAAUGCCCGAAAACUUUCUCCCAUAAGUCACAACUUACUGCACAUAGGAUAACUCAUUCAUCUGAGAAUUUUUAUGAAUGUAAAGAGUGUAAUAAGUCUUUCCACUGGAAGUGUCAACUCACAGCACAUCAGAAAAGGCACACAGGAAAAAACUUCAUGAAUACAGAACGCAGGAAAACCUGCCACAAGUCAGAAGUCACUGGACAUCAGAGAACUCAGAUCGCUGAAAAGCCCUAUGAAUAUGAGGAAUUUGGGGAAGAAGGAUUUCAAGUAUUUACAGAAGAAUUCUACCCUAAGUCAGACCUUACUGUACAUCAGGGAAAUUCAUAAUUGAGAAGCUUUACAGAAUGUAGGAAGGUUUUCCAGUGCAAAUCUGACCUCAUUCAUCAUCAGAGAUCCACAGAAACGAGAAGCCACCGUGAAGAAUGGUGCUCAAAGUUAGCCCUAGCAACAGAGAAGAGCAUGUGAAGGGAAGCAGGGAGGCUGUCUUGACAGAACCUGCCUGACUCACCUGCCAGCAGAGACUCCACAAAGAGCUCUUGCUUUCUUUUUUCUUUGGUUUCUCUGUGUAGCCUGGCUGUCCUAGAACUUGCUCUUUAGAUCAGGCUGGCCU